AUGACCGCCCCAGAAGUAUCCCACGGCCGUGGUGGCGCUGGCAACAUCAACCCCGACGACACCCAGUAUGUUGACGGUGAGAUCGUGCGCACUGGGGAACACGGUACCCAAAAUGCUGGCGCAUACAGCACAGGACGAGGAGGCGGCGGCAACAUCGGAGAUGCGGGCAUCCCACCAACCGUCCGCACAGAUAAGGACGUAGUGCCCGAAGCCGCAGUCCGCCCGUCUCAAGAUGAGGAUAUUCAUACCGGCCGGGGCGGCGCCGGCAACGUCCACCUUGGUCCAGAACACAAGAAGAAGAAGGUUACGGAUGGAGCGCCACACGACGAGGCCACGGCCAGCCACAUCAGCGUGGCAGACAAGCUGAAGUCGAAGGUUCUCGGUGCGUUCAAGAAAUAG